UGAAUCAUCUUCUGUCCAAGCAGGUGGCAAUGCCAUGGGCAUAUCUGAAGAGACAAAGUUCAGGUAUGUUGGUAGCAGGAACAACCAGUACAACACCUGGCUUCAGGGGAAGCAGUCGGGAGACAGAGCACCAUGACUUCUGAGACAGGUCCUUCACCUGGAGAUGCCACCUUGAGGAGAAGAAUCCAACCUUGGGAAUUUGAAGUCUUCUUCGACCCAAGAGAACUCCGUAGAGAGGCCUGUCUGCUCUAUGAAAUCAAGUGGGGCAGUAGCAGUAAGAUCUGGCGAAACUCUGGCCAAAACACCUCCAAGCAUGUUGAAGUUAAUUUUAUAGAAAAGUUUACUUCAGAAAGACCAUUUUGCCCAACGAUCAGCUGCUCCAUCGUCUGGUUCUUAUCCUGGAGUCCCUGCUGGGAAUGCUCCAAGGCAAUUCGAGCAUUUUUGAGUCAGCGCCCCAACGUCACUCUGGUUAUUUAUGUAGCCAGGCUUUUUCACCACAUGGAUCAACAGAACCGGCAAGGGCUCAGAGACCUCAUAAACAGUGGUGUGACUAUCCAGAUUAUGACAGCCUCAGAGUAUGAUUAUUGCUGGAGGAAUUUUGUCAACUACUCACCUGGGGAAGAAGCUCACUGGCCAAGAUACCCACCUUCAUGGACAAUGAUGUAUGCCCUGGAACUCCGCUGCAUAAUCCUAAGUCUUCCACCCUGUUUGAAGAUUUCAAGAAGAUGCCAGCAUCGGCUUACAUUUUUCAGUCUUAAUUUUCGAAAUUGCCAUCACCAAAUGAUUCUGCCCCAUACUCUUUUUGCUAUGGGGAUGAUACAACCUUCUGUGACUUGGAGAUGAAUAGCAUGAUUCCUUGUUUGCCCUGUUUCAAGAACACACAGUGGUGGCCCACUAAAGAGUGAGUACCAUUAAGAAUCUGGAAAUUUUCACAAACAGCAGUAUCAUGGAUUAUAUUAGUGAUCAACUGCCAUAUAACACCUUAUCCCCAAACUCUGUGGCUUAAAACAAUAAACGUUUUUUUAUCUCUCA